AGGAGAGCGUGCUGUAUCUGCGCGUGAGCAUUACAAGAGUCACACCUGUUGGGCAGGUGAGUCGCAAAUUGGGAUACAGAAGAGAGCUGACCGACCAAAAGGGUUUUCAUCGAGUGGCAGCGGUAAUUAAAGGUAAACUUUAACAAUCUCGGCCGAAAAUGGAGACUCUAGGUAAACUGCAAGGGUCAAGUCUCAGAAUGGAAAUUGAUGACAUAAAGUCCUCAGCUGCACUCAUGUAUGCGGAGUUCAUCAAAAAUGCAGACAGACGAACAGAGACCUGGUUCCUCAUGUCUUCUCCUCUGCCCCAAACGCUCAUCAUUGCAGUGUACAUUUACUUUGUCACAUCACUGGGACCACGGUUAAUGGAAAACCGUAAGGCCUUCGAUCUGAAAGGAGUUCUCGUCGUCUACAACUUCAGUGUGGUGGCUCUCUCGCUCUUCAUGUGCUAUGAGUACGUGAUGUCAGGAUGGGGAACAGGAUAUUCAUUUCGCUGUGACCCGGUCGACUACUCUGAGUCCCCCCAGAGUGUGAGGAUGGCGGCAACAUGCUGGCUCUACUAUUUCUCAAAGUUCAUUGAGAUGUUGGAUACCAUCUUCUUUGUGCUGAGGAAGAAGUAUAGCCAGGUGACAUUUCUUCAUGUCUACCAUCACUCAAUCAUGCCCUUCACAUGGUGGUUUGGAGUACGCUUUUCUGCAGGUGGAAUGGGGACAUUUCACGCCCUGCUUAACUGUAUUGUCCAUGUUAUCAUGUACUCCUACUACGGUCUGACCGCUUUGGGCCCAAACUACCAGAAGUAUCUGUGGUGGAAGAAAUACCUGACAACCAUUCAGCUGAUCCAGUUUGUUACGGUGACUACCCACAUCUCCCAGUAUUUCUUCAUAAAGGACUGCACCUAUGAGUUCCCCAUCUUUAUCUACAUCAUCGGCUCCUACGGCCUGAUUUUCCUGUUCCUGUUCCUCAACUUCUGGUACCACGCCUACACCAAGGGCAAGAGGCUGCCUAAAGUGCUGCAGAAUCAGACAUGGGCACACCACAGCAACGGAGUUAUGAAUGGAAACGCCAAUCAUGAAAAAGAGGAGUGACGCAGGACUCUGCUUGUUAGGAAUUUCAGAGUUGACCUCAUUUACGUAAGAAAAGCUCUGCAGACUGCGAUUCAACCACAAAAGGUUUGGAUUGUAUUUUCUGAUUGGUUUUCAACAUGCUCCUGCAAAAGACAAUCUUUGCGCUAUAUUUAAGAGGUUUAUUGACUCAAGCUGAAGGGUUUUAUCUUUAUUUUUUUUUGUCUACAAUGGAAGGUAAAAUCCAAGUUCUGCUAUGGUAGCUCCCAAAUAUCCCUCCUUUCUGCUACCUUAUGGUUUUAAAAUAAUUUCAAGUGUCCAAAAUAGAUUCCACUAUUCACACUGACUAUAGGGCUUCACCUAUGGUAAGACUGAGACCCUUGACUAUACAGUCAAACUGGGCUUUCUCUAAAGGCUUCUAAUGCUGAGAUCAUUUUAAACUUGUGACUUGAUCUUACUUCUCAGAAUAGAUUCAUGUUUUUAGAAAACCAGUCCAGGGUUUCUUUUUUAAAGUUGUGCACUAAAGUUGUUUAUUUCACCUGGCUAAAAAGUUGCAUUGACAGUUCCUAGUCGAUAUAUUUUAAAUGGUGUUCAGGCUACACUUGUUCUGUUAUUCAGGACCUUGUUACACACACACACACACACACACACACAGACAAUUGUUUUCUUUUGUUAAAAUGUUAUCAUGUACACAAGCCCACUUCUCUAUGGUUUGAGUCACAACUGCUGCUGAUGGAAAAGACAUUCAGUAAAAAAAGAGUCAUCUUUGUACAGUAGAAUUUCUUCCCCUGACUAAAUUCUCCUAUGAAGCAAGGAUGUGACAGAGAUGCCAGAGGAAGGCUGAUGAACCACUGUGGUUUUCUAGGAUCCAGAGCAGAGCUUGAGUUAGUUUUACUACUUAUUGCAAAAUAACAGUUUUAUAUGCACACUGCAUUAUGCACAUUUACAUGGAUUCACUAUUUAGCCAACCAGUCCGAAAACAUGAGCCUUGCUUGCCUGCUUGGAGUAUUUUGCUUCAUGUGUUGACGUUCUGUGGCUGACAGUCUUCAGGUAGUGCCUAUGGACUGAGGUCAGUAAGUUUAUAUUGAGUUAUGAUGAUCUUAUACUAAAGUGAAUGUAACACUCUGCUCCAAAGGUGGGUGAGCACACAGGAUUGAAGAUUUACAGAUGCACGCUGUGUAUAGUUGGAUGGUGCACGCUAUUUUUUAUAUUCAGUUCCUUGUCAGAUCUCCUCAUAUCAAUAGUUAAUACUGUAAGACAUGAUGUGAAAUGUUUAUAUUGUAUUUUAUAUGUAUUUAUAAGAAAAAUAAAUGAUCAAUGUAUUUUGAAAA